UAUUUGAAGGAAAUGAGCCCCGAUCUACCUAAAUGCAUCUAUGUUCGCACAAAUCAUUUGUGAUCCAGAUUCACCUACGGAAGUGAGUUUAAGGUUUUUUAAUGAAUCUUUGCAAAUCGCCUUUCCUAAUAAUGUGCUAAUUAGCAAGUUUCACAAUGAAUGCGACUAAAUUAAACAGUUCCUUUAGAGAGCGGUUCUAAAGAGAGGGGCGGGGUCAGCAGAGCUCAUUAACAUUUAAAGGAAAAAUGCUAGAAAAUGGCUUGCUCUGAAAAGAGCUGUUUUUGACAGGGUAAAAAAUGUGUUUUUACACUACCACUGAGAAAUUUUAACCAAACUAUGUAACAGACUUUUCAUUAAGACCCUAAAGAAUUAUAUCAACUUGUGAAAAAUGGACAUCCAGUGACCCCUCUAAAAAUAUCUGUAUUCUGCAGUUCUUCCCUGCUGUACCGAAUAUGUAUUCUUUUCAAAGUAUCACUUCAAAGUUAUAAAUUCAAGUAUUGUGGCAUUUUGUAGGGUGCCACAAAUUUAUUACAAUUUUCAAAGGGUGCCGCGAUUAAAAAAAGGUUGGGAAGCAUUGUAUUAGACUAUAACGUGACAGUCACCAUAAGGGCUAAAAGGAAAUGAAAGCAGUAUGUGUUAAAAGAUAUAUGUUAAAGGAUGUAGUUCACUGAGCAUCAAUAAAUGAUAAAUGUUAGGAAUGUCAUCAUAACUGAAACAUUGCCUUUGGCUAUUCUUCAGGGAUAAUCUUAAGCAAGUUUAUGAGAAGAAUUCAUUUUGUAGCCAAUCUACAUUCCGGACUUCUGAUUUGAUGGAAGGGAAAAAAACUAAAUUCUUCAGAUUUGUACAAACGUUCAUAGCAAGCGAAUCUCAACAUAGAGAAGGGCUGUCAGCAAGCUCUUAAUUUAAAAUUAGUUAGUGCUUGUGAUCAAAUGAUUUUUUACAUUUUUUUUUUUUAGCAGGUCUUUGUCGACAGGACUACAUCAGACUGCAAUAUCUAAAUGAACUUAUCCAGCUAUGCAGUGUUCAAGGAAGACUGUGAUUCUACUUGCAUUGGUGUCCAUACCAAUUCAAUACACAGCAAUGAAGAUUUUAAUAGAUUUUUAUGUGCAUAAAUGCCCGUUUCGUAACCUUUUGAACUGUGGCUUGGGACAGGAUGUGAAGUCCUUUGAUCGGAUGUGUGAUGAGUACCCGUAUUUUAGUUGCAAUUCCUCCAGGAAGACUAACAUUCUCAUCUUGGCGACCCCACGCAGCGGCUCCUCUUUCUUUGGACAGUUAUUAAACCAGCACUCAGAUGUUUUCUAUCUUUUUGAACCACUCUAUCAUGUCCAAAAGAUCUUAAUGCCUCACCCUACUCCGAGCAGAUAUGCUGUUGAGCACAAGUUGAUGCUGAAGGCUAGUCGUGACCUUCUUAGAAGCUUGUACAACUGCGACUUGUAUUUCUUAGAGCGUUACAUCAAGCCGCGGCCGGCAAAACAUACCACGGAUAAACUUUUUCGACGAGGAGCCAGCAAAGCCCUCUGCUCUAUGCCAGUCUGUGAUGCUUUCAGCCCCAGCGAUGGCAAUAUAGAAGAGGGGGAUUGUGUUCGAAAGUGUGCCUCCCUUAACUUGACCCUCGCUACCGAAUCAUGUCGGAAAAAACAACAUGUGGCCAUUAAAACAGUGCGUAUUCCAGAGCUCAGUGAUCUUAAAGCUCUGAUCAAGGACCCUCGGCUUAAUCUGAAAGUUAUCCAGCUGGUGAGAGACCCGCGUGGGAUAUUAUCUUCUAGGAUUGAAACUUUUCAGGACACAUAUCGCCUAUGGCAGAUCUGGAGAGACACGGGUCGUAAACCUUACAACUUGGAUUUGACUUAUCUCAUGACGAUGUGUAAUGACUUUCUGAACUCGGUGUCCACUGGCUUGAGCCGACCGCCGUGGCUUCGUGGACGGUACAUGCUGGUGAGAUACGAGGACCUGGCCAGGAAUCCACUCCAAAAAUCCAAGGAGGUUUAUGAAUUUCUUGGUCUUUCUAUGGAAAAAAAUGUGGUAGACUGGAUACAUAACAACACAAAAGGCAAUUACAUUGAGUCAGCUGUGCAUAAGUACGGCACAUUGAGAGACUCAGCAGCCAAUGCAGAGAGCUGGAGGUUAAAUUUGUCUUAUGAAAUGGUUAAUUACACACAAACUGUCUGUAAGCACAUUUUAGACAAGCUUGGCUACAAAGCAGUUAACUCCCCUGAGGAUCAGAAAAACAUGUCACUCUCGCUCACUGAGGACAAAACCUUAAUACCUUCUUUGUAAUAUAAGGUAAAGCAUGCACAACUAUUUUUCUACAUUUAUAUUCAU